AAUUGUUACACUCAAAUUGGCAUGUUGCCGACAUGCAUAGCUAAUUCUCGCCGUAACGCCACUGGUCUCGCUUACAUCAUCGCCGGCACUAUCAACUUCCGUACAUCGGUACAGGAAAACACUGGCCCCAUAUAUCAUCUUGCCUUGCUCACGUUUUGCGAUCAGUUUUUGUACGAACGAGCAUUGUGCAGCACCAUGUGGACGAGCUGGGUCAGAACUUGCUGGGUGGUGGUGCUGUUGGUUUUUGUCGCAUCCAUUGCUGCCAACAGUGAAGAGUUGCUGCGUGGCAAGGAAAACUGCCUCCGGCACGAUGACUUCCCGAGCCCCAAUGAGUGUUGCUCCAAGCCGCAGUGGAUCAACCGGUACGCGGUACGGCGCUGUCGGUACAUUCAUGCCGAGGUUGAUGGAAGCCGGUACGAACGCGGCUCGUGUGAAGCUCGGUGUGGACUGUUCAAGAUCAACAUCACGAUGACCGAUCGCAUACAUCGGGUGCGCAUCUUCCGGCCCAGGCUGCAAACGCGCGGCAUCGAUCAGGGUUGGAUCAGUGUCGUGCUGAAGGCACUCAGCUACUGCAAACCGAAGAUAACUCACCUGCAGGGUCGCCGUGUGCUGGUCGACGAAGAAAUGGAGCAGUGUGAAAUAGCCGAAGACAUCUUUGGGGAUUGCGUACAGGCGCAGAUGUUUAUGCACUGUCCUCGAGCGACGUGGAUUGAGUCGCGGUCCUGUGACAUGAUGCGUGAGCUGUUGGCUUCGGGAUGCCCGUACAAAACGUUGGGUGAUGUGGUCGUGCUGAACGAUGAAGGAUACGUAAGAGACGAUCGAGUGAUCGACGAUGAAUACGAUCGUCCAUAUCGACGUACGGAACGUCCUCGGUACGGUUACGAUGACGAUGGAUACGAGCAGACUGGUAGCAGCUAUCCUAGACGUGACGAAGGAACCCGUGGAACUAGCUAUGGCAGUACAGACCAAAGCUAUGUGGUUUAGCAGCGGCCGAUAGUGUAAGACAACCUUUCUCUUCUCAUCAUUUUAAAAUAAAAUUGCCUUAAGAAACCCAAAACAAAAACUCAGCUCUCAAUUAUUUGUUUGAAUUGGUUGGAUUGGUUUUUAUUU